GAACCGCCCUAAAGCCGGUGUGGAAACGUGAUCUAACACGCGGCUGUGAAUCUCGUGCUCGCUCAUUCGCACUGCAGACUCUCGCGCAGGCUUUUCUCAUCUAACUGAGGAGCCACGACUCUUAAAAUUACCCUCAGGCCCCAAGGGCAAAAAGUCGCAUAUACAUCAUCUACUGCCAAUAUUUAAAAUCUCUGUAAUCCCGGUGCCAUUUCGGACUUUCAACAUGGGGAAAAAUCUCUCGACAUGGACGCUUCUAGCGGUCUUUUCUCUGCUGGUGGUGAAAGGAAUAAGUGAGGAUCUGGACUUGGCAGAUGCAUUUGAUGAUGACCCAAGUACCCCAACACCUAAAGUGAACCCAGCAGGUGGUGCAGGAGGAGCAGGUGGGGUGAAACCCAGUCUUAAACCUGUUAAGCCCACAGUCAGGGAACCAGCCAAACCCAAGCCUAAACAAACAGAAGAGACAUUCACUGAUUUGUUUGAUGCCACCAUUCGGCCGGGCCUGUUGCCCCGAACACCCCCUAGUCCUCUCCGAACCUCUGUUCCCCCUCGGAAAGCCCAGUCUGAUUUUGGUGAGUUUGACCUUGAAGACGCCUUGAACCCUGACAAUGACAUCAGAGGAACGGGCAACAAAGACUCUGGAAAAGGCGAUAAAGACCUCGGGGGAAGGGGCCGUGAUGCAGGCAAACCCAAUAGCAGAGGUGGAACUGGUGGUAGUCAAUUCUCAGACGAUGACCUUGCAGAUGUGGGCAGUGAUAACUCCUACAAACCUGACAAAGGCAAAGGUGGAAAAGGUGGAAGUAGCGGCGGAAGCAGUGACAGAAACAGUGCCGGUGAUGUGGACCCUGCUGAUGACAACUACAACACCAUGGCUGAGACUGGAACUAUCGCUGGUAUUGUGAGCGCUGUCGCUAUGGCUCUGGUUGGUGCAGUGAGCAGCUACAUCUCCUACCAGAAGAAGAAGCUGUGCUUCAGCAUACAGCAGAGUCUGAAUGCAGAUAUGGUGAAAGCAGAUGCCCCAGAUGCUGUAGUUGCACAGGAGCCACAAGUUCAACAAACUCUUCUCCAGCCUCCCAAUGCUGAGCCGCCAACAGAGGAAAAUGCAGUGUAAUCUGAAACACAUCAUCCAAACUAAAGAGGGCGCAGUUCUAAAUCGUUGUUCUCCAAUUUGAAUGCCACUGUAUUUCCCUGCGCAUUUGCACCACAAUGCCCUUUUUUAAGUACCAAUGUGACUGUUUAAAAUCAACAUUGACUAUAGUCUAAUCAUUUUUUUAAACCGUUCACAUGCAAAAGUGUAGUAAGCCUGUUUGCAAUAAUAUUGCUAUGAAAUGGAAAACACCUAAUAAUUUUCGCAUGACAUGCAGAGACCCAAGAAAUCACACUUGGGCGUUUUUUUUACAAAGAGUCCUACAGAAACUGCGCUACAGUAUUUUUGUUUGUCAGUUUAGCCCAUCAUUCCUAUUGUGCACAAAGGCAUAUUAACGAACAGUGAUACGAAUGAUUAAUCCAAGGUUUACACACACACAAAAAAAACAGCUGAUUGGAUAAUCAUAGAAAUCCGCUUUUAAAAGGUAAAGACUGUUUUCCUUACGAUUUCACAGCAAGACGGGCUUAACAGAUCAGCUGCUGUGGAAUCUGCGAUUGAAAAAAAAAUAUGAAGGAUUUGUGAAGUUUUUUUCUUGUUGUUGAUGUUUUAACAUGAUCUGUAUAUAUUUGCCUUGCUUUCACAGAGCAAUGUGAAAAGAUUGUUACACAUAUAUGCAGGUUUUUGUGUCUUAGCGAACUUUUUACUAGAGUGACUUUUGAGGGGAAAAAAAAGAAACAACUGAAGUCAAAAACUAACCAACAGCUGCUUCCUUCUAAUUUGCUUUUUAAAAAAAAAAUGAAACGAUGACUAAAAAUGGGUUUAACUGUGAAGAUGUGUUGACGUGUGUUGAUGAAGAAGCUGUGUGGACUGCUUUUGUGCGUGUUAGUUGGAUGUCAGUGGUUGCGAUUCCUUCUUGUGAGGAAUAGUUUGAUUCGGCCCGAUCAGAAUGAGUAGAUACAUUAGCGUGAAGUAACUUGUGGGUGGAAGUAACAGAAGUUGUGUUUUCAUGUUAGCGCAAUACUUAAUCAGUCUAGUAACUCUUUGUAUCGCUGAUUCUGAUCCAUUGCCUUUUGUGGGGUUUUAAGGGGGUUAAUGUGCUUGUAUAUCGCAUACCGUUUCCAAGUUUGUACUCAAACCGUUGUAUCAGUGUAUCCCUAUUUACACUUGUAGCAGUAAAUGUACAUACAUGUUUGUGCCCCCCCACUCUUUUUGGAUUACGGGGAGUAGUUUUUUCCACCCUAGCUUAGUGUUUGUAUCGUUUGUAGCAUGUUUGAGCUUUAGCUUUGAGACUUUUUAGAGACCUGUUACACCCUCGCUAGUUUUGCUAUUGCCUUAAUGAGUCCCCAGCUGUUUAACCGUUUUGCUAAUUUUCCCCCAUUUGCCAUGGGUCUAGCUAGGGCUGGGCAAAAAAAAAUAAAAAAUCGUACGAUAUAUGCUCAUCUGGCCAGUAAAGCCGGGUCCUUGAUAAGCGGCAAAUCUCCCAUCAGCUGUUUUCAAACGGAGCGGCGGUUAAUACACAGAGCCGGAGAUCACCGACAAGCUACGCGAUAUUUCGUUCAGUUUCACAAGCAAACCGAGCGUGAUAUCGCGAUGCUUGUCAGUGAUUUGCUGCUCCCCCAGGCCUGGCGUUUGACCAGUUUGAGUCUUAAUUUAUCUCGUUUUCAAGGCCACCGUCGAGAAAUGGCAAAGUUAGCAAAACCGGAUUAAAAAUCGGCUCAGUCCUUACCAUCCUCUCCCUCACUUGAGAUGCUCCAGAUUUUCCUGUAGCUGUUGUUUUUCACUGUGAAAUCAGGUGCACCUUAGUUACCCCCAACCCAAGCCCUCGCCAAUGGUGCUUUCCUUCCCAAUGCCUUACCACGCUAACAUUAGGGAAGACAUGCUAGCUUACUAACACAGCACUAACAGUCACGACCGUUAGAAGGGCUGCCUCACUUGAAUGUCUACAAACUAGACGUACUAGGUUACGUACGUUGUUCCAGUUUAAAGGUGUGGUCACGUUGUCUGAAAUUCCGCCGGCCAAAAUGCCGCUUGCUCAAACAAAUCACUUUUAAACACGGCUUGAUGAUUUGUGUGACUAACUUGCGUCGCGAAAUCGGUUGCCAGAUCCCGAUCGCACGAAAUUCUUGUUUACGCUUGCAAAAAACAAAACAAAAACGCAGAACAGCGGUAAAUGUGACCUCACCUUAACACUAUUGCAGUUUAAACACAUCUGAAAUAUUGUUAACUCACACGCCCACAAUAUAGCAGAAUUACAAGUCUUGCGAAUGGUAAUGAUGUCAGAGACAUAUCGGCGCAGAAUGUUGCCAGGUACUUCCUUUAAAGGCGCGUCCUACCAAGGCUUUGGUGGAGCAUCUAGGGUGAAAAUCAACAAAGAGAAUGUUAGCUGAAUGUAACUCUUUUUACUGCUUUGGCUACCAGAACAAAUGUAGCUUUUUCUUGUGGUGCUACACUUGUUGGAAAUGAAGAACACCAAAGAUGAAUUGUGAUGGUUUUGCCUUUUUGCAUGUUCUUUGACUUUGGUGUGAGUCUAGUGAUCCAGUGGAAUGAACCUGAAACAGCCGAGUGAAAGGUGCAACAGUCUUGGUUAAGGCAAAUGUGGAAAUUCACAAGUGUCUUGAGCAUUUACGACAACAUAAUCACCUGUUUGUGUUGAACUGCUUCCAGAAUUGUUGCUUUGAUGCAUUAUGUGACUGUUAAAACCUCCCCAAUUCCUUCAACCGACCAUCUGCAUUUCUGGAUACUAGUAGUUCAUAUGGUGGAUGUUGCAUUUGUAAGGAUCUCUGGGCUCUCUCUGGUGUCGUUUUGGCCAGUAUAGUUGCAAUUUUGUCAAAACAAGGGUGUACGCGCUGAACUGUACAGAUAUGCAUGUUUUGGAUUCUAGCUGUAGAUAUUAAAGGUUUUUCUUGUGUACUGGGUUUAUUUAUUAACUUGAAAAAUUUGUUAUUGGGACAUACGUUUCUGAAGUGUCUUGAUUUGCACUGCCAGUUUAGUUCUUGCAUCAUGGAACUGCCACAGAUCAGACUGUAAUGCUGCAGCUUUAUCUGUCAUUGAAUGAAAUUUGGCAAAUUUGGCUUUGAUGUGAAAUAUUGACUUUCAGCAUAAAAUCUCACAGUUUAUAUCAGUGCCUGCUCACUCAAAUACAGACUGUGAUGAAAACAAUUAAUUGCACAGGUAUCAACUGUCAUUCCUCUUCUAGACAUUUUAAUAUUCAAAUAUACUCAAAUUUCACUCUGUAUCUCCCUUGGUGGUAAAAGAUCAGCAUAAAGAAACCCAAUAAUAAACAAUUUAUCUUGUCUUUGAUUCCUUACUAUUUAUUUUUCAUCAAGGUUCUGCACAAUAUAUUUUUUAACAGAAGUAAAAAAAAUGUGUCUGUAUAAAGAAUAACCAGGGUUGCACAAAUACAAAAAUACACUCAUAAAAGAACAAAAAACAACAAAUACACAAUAUAUAAUUCUUAAGGUGCAUUAUAAGUAUUACAUAUAUUUUUUUUAACAUUAUAUGGCAUCCCCUCUUCAAAUGAUCUUAACCGUUGACCAUUUCUAAAAAAGUCAAAACACCCAGGAUUCCAAUUAAAUAGGAAUGGCUUAAAUGGCUUUU